UAGAGAGCUGCGCUACGGACUAUAAAGAUUUCAUGUCGACCACAUUUUGGACGGUCAACAAAAAUCACACACUCUUUUCCUCAGAAACCCUCCUUACACUCGCUUAAUACGAUCAUUAGUGCCUGUUCCGCUACAUUGCGCUCUCUUAUAGUAUCUGCGUACUCUUUCCCUUAGUUCUUUUGCUGUCGUGCUUUGCGCUCGCACACGAUGAAGCUGUUACCAUAUUUUUUGUCACUUGCUCCUUUUGCUGUUGCUGUGCCGCAGAAUCUGCAAAAAAGGCAAACCGCAAGUACUACGACCAGCUCUGUUUCGUCCUCGGCCAGCACGGCUUCAUCCUCGACCAGCACGGCUUCGUCCUCGACCUGUACCCCUUGCUCUGGUAAUACCGAAACCACUCGGAGCGAAUGGUGCGACUACGAUAUCAAUGAUGACUACUACAGCGUAGUUCCAUGUACCGGUGUUACACGCGAGUACUGGUUUGAGCUCACAGAGACCACGGGAGCUCCCGAUGGAGUUUCUCGAAUGCUGCAAACUGUCAACGGUUCGGUUCCUGGGCCAACAAUUUUUGCUGAUUGGGGGGGAUGAGGUCAUUGUCCAUGUCACUAAUAAUCUGCCAUCGGACUCGGGCAAUGGAACAAGUCUACAUUUUCACGGCGUGCGACAAAACUACACCAAUCAAGCGGAUGGUGUAACAUCCGUCACUCAAUGCCCGACUGCGCCUGGAGAGACUUACACAUACAAAUGGAGGGCAACACAAUAUGGAUCUUCUUGGUACCAUUCCCAUUUCGGUUUCCAAGCUUGGGAAGGCAUUUACGGCGGCAUUGUCAUCAAUGGACCCGCCAGUGCAAACUACGACGUUGACCUUGGGAACUUGUUUAUCCAAGAUUGGGACCAUUCAACCGCUGAUGAACUAUAUAUCAAAGCUGAAACUCAAGGGGCCAUUUCCUCUCUCACCGGCUUGAUCAAUGGUACCAACGUCUAUGGAGACGAUGGCAACUCCAGUCAGGUUGGAUCUCGCUUCGAGACAACUUUUGAAUCCGGCACUUCAUACUUGAUCCGUCUUGUCAACGUGGCCAUCGACACUCACUUCAAGUUCAUGAUUGACAAUCACGUAAUGACGGUCAUUGCUGCCGAUUUCGUCCCGAUUGAGCCGUACGAGACGACCUCUCUCAGCAUAGGUAUGGGUCAAAGAUACGAUAUCGUUGUGACUGCCGAUCAAGCGGACACUGCAAGUGACUUCUGGAUCAGAGCUAUUCCACAAAGCUCGUGCUCAGACAACGACAACGCAGACAACAUUAAAGGCAUAGUUCACUAUGGCUCAUCGACCGGAACCCCGACCACUUCGGGUUAUAAUAUUACGGAUGAGUGCGUGGAUGAGACUAACUUGGUCCCUAUCGUUUCCAAAACAGUGGGAGAUGUUACAAGCUCUGUCGAUGAAGCUGUUGGCGUGAGCUUCAACGAUGACAACUAUUUCAUUUGGGAAUUGAAUGAAACGUCGUACCUAGUGAACUGGCAGAGUCCGACACUACUGAAUCUGUACAAUAACGACUCCUUCUCAACCACGUACAAUCUGAUCGAGCUGCCAAAUGCCGGCGAGUGGGUUUACUUACUUAUCACGGAGUCUGGCAUACCGGUUGCCCAUCCUAUCCAUCUGCAUGGUCAUGACUUUUACGUCCUCGGUGCAGGUACCGGAUCAUAUGAUGCGAGUACCGUGUCUCUCAACUUAACAAACCCCGCUCGUCGUGAUGUUGCUAUGCUUCAAGCAUCUGGUUGGCUCAUGAUUGCUUUCCAAACAGACAAUCCGGGCGCCUGGCUCAUGCACUGUCACAUCGGAUGGCACACCUUGGAAGGGUUUGCUCUACAAUUUCUUGAAAUGGAGAGCGAGAUAUUGAGUACGAUCGAUGAAGACGAUCUAACUAGCACCUGCAGCGCCUGGACUACGUACAUGACUGACAACGAUGUUGUUCAGGGGGUAGGUGGCAUGGAGGACUCGGGCUUGAAGAAGUUGAGACUUUAGAUUAUAGGAUGUGUACUAGGUGCAACCGAUUGAUGCUUUUUAGUAGUGAGGAUCCGAAAUCGACACACGAUGAUCAUCUGUCAAGAAUGUGCUUUGCCAACCCCAAAAUUUGAACUCUCU